AUCUUCACAUAAAGCUAUACAUUUAUAAAAACAGAGACCAACAAGUUUGCUCCAUUCCUUUGACUGGCUACAAGAAUGAGGGUAUUGAUUUUAAUUUGUUUGUUUGGUUUUGUUGCGGCCCAACUUCGCCUACAAUGUGUUCAAGACAGCGACUGCCCUAGAUGUAACUCUCAUACGCAUAGGCAUGUCUGCAUCGAUUUUAUGUGCAAAUGUGUUUCCAUACACAGUGUGAAGCGUGCUGCACAUUGCAAUCCCCACGACUGUGUUUGCCCAGAAGGUCAAAACGGAAUAUGCAAUUCGCAAGGUCAUUGCGAGUGUGGAAGUCAUGGAAAACGUGCUGCACAUUGCAACCCCAAGGACUGUUUUUGUCCUGUUUUAAAUCUUUCUAACUUUCAAAAAAUUCAAAAUACAUAGAUCACUUUGAAAAUG